AUGGACGCAGUAACGAACCUGUUUCGUCAGCGCAUGAAAUUGCACCCGGAGUGGUUUAGGAGUGAUCGAAUUUGCUUUGGUGAUAGUACUCCUAGUAUGUUGUGGACGGGAGACAAGUUCAGAGGUUUAAGAAUACUGAGCCGGAUAACAGGGACUAGGAAGGUGGGUCCCGGGAGGUGCGACCGAUUCUUCGAAGGGAAGAAACCACGUUUCUGCCAAACCCUGAAGAAAUGGGAAGUAGAUAUUGAUGAGAUCUACUUGCCAUGGAACGUCAAAGACACUCAUUGGCCAAAGCUAUCGAGCCCAUUGCUGUCAUUGUGCCUUAUCUACAACGGCUCAUGGCUGACAUUAAUGAUAGGUAUAAGUAUUCACUCGACCCUUUACCCACGAGUAUAUUUCCGAGGAGAUGUGCAUGCGCAAGACAAUGCAACUGACUGUGGAGUCUACUGUCUAAAGUUCAUCGAGUAUCAUAGUCUUGGGAGGCUUUUUCCGAAGACGCUAUGUGGUAAGAACAUGAAAGCUAUCAGAGCAAAGCUUGCAGCGGACCUGUAUCAAGAGAUCAACUGUCGCGGACCUCCAGAGCGUAACUGGGAGGACCUGGACUUGGACAUAUAG